CACACACAGAGGCGAGAAGAGAAAACUCACGGAAACAGCUCAAGGACGUAACUUUUUUUCCUCUUGAAUAUGCUGAAAACCACAAAAACCAAGUGUGUGUUUAUCCUGCAGGAGUUAUGAAAUGUGCGCAGUCAUUUCCAGCGAUGGGAAUCAAUCUAGAUGUGGCUUUCAAGACGGUUCCUGAUGUGUGAAAGGAGAACAUUUCUCCCAGUCUUCACAUCACAAGAAACACACAGACACGUUUAAAGUAUGGAUACAGUGGGAGUGAAUGUGAUUGAAACAGCGGCUCUAGGGAGACCCUUCCAGCUGGGGAUGCUGUAUGACUGCAGGAAGGAUGCUCUAAUACCAGGAAUCACACUGUGGGAUCCAGAGAAGCUACAGCAGAGUCUACAAGUCCGUCCCAAAAUUAAGUCAGAAUUCAAAGUCACAGCUUCAGACUCCAUUCAGGAAAAAACAUCCUUACUGAACAUUGACGGCUCUCUGAAACUGAGUGUUUUAGGUGGACUCGUCAGUGUUACUGGAGCAGCCAAAUAUCUCAACGACACCAAGAAGUCUUUCAGACAGCAGAGACUGACACUACAUUAUCAUUCAACCUGCAGGUAUGAAGAACUGACCAUGAAUCACAUGGUACCUGCAAAUAUAGUUCAUCACGAUUUAUUUGAUAAAGACACAGCGACACACGUGGUGACAGCAGUGCUGUAUGGAGCAGACGCCUGCUUUGUGUUUGAUAGAGAAGUUUCAUCAGAUGAGAAAAUAAACACAAUAAAAAGUGAAGCAAAUGCAGCCCUUGAUGCACUUAAAUUAAUUUCAGAACAUACAAACAUAAGUCUUAAGAUGAAUGACACUCAGAAGAACGCAAUUCAAAAAUUCACAUGCACAUUUUAUGGUGACUUCCAGCUACCGUCUAACCCAACCUCUUUUGAAGAUGCAUUGAAGGUUUUCAGUGAUCUUCCAAAACUGCUGGGAGAAAAGAAAGAGCUGGCGGUUCCUCUGAGAGUUUGGCUUUAUCCUCUGGACAAACUUCUCUCAGGAGCUUCAAAACUUCAGAGGGACAUCAGCAUGGAUCUAAUCCUUGAUACUGAAUCAGUGAUUGAGAGUUUAAAUACAACUGAGAUGAAAUGCAGUGACCUUCUGGAAGACUCACCUGCUUCAAGUUUUACUGCAUUUUAUGAUAAAAUACUGCAAAUGAAGCAAAACUGCUUCAGUUACAAACUGAGACUCAUGAAGAAACUCGGCUCUCUGCUGCCAAACAUCCGUGGAGAUGCGAUGAAGGAAACUGACCUGAAUUAUCUUCUACAAGAUCAUAAUGAAUCUCCAUUUAAAGGACGAGGCCUCACAGAAUGGCUAAAAGAGAGAGAAAGAGAGUCUGAUACCAUGAAAAUAAUACUCAGACAACUGAAGGGUGUUGAGGUAGAAGACAACAUAGAUGCCAUUUGGAUGGAUCUGGAAGUUGGAAAUCUGGUCUGUUACACAUUCACAUCGCUGGACUGGUCAGAUUUUCUGCUUCUUCAACAAACCACCUAUCUGAGUAAUUCAAUUAAUGGAGAAACUGAUGAGAAUGGCCCUGAUUCAGAGCAGAAGUCUUGGCUCACUCCUGAGAUGCAGAAGAACAUGAGGAGCAACUUGAUAAUAUUUAAGAACUUGAUUGAUUCAAAAGACCGUGAACCAGCCAAGUUCAUUGUGUCCUCAAAGGAAAUGAAGAAUAAUCCAGGUUCCUGCAUUCUGCUGUAUGAAAGUGAAUGUGAUGAAGCUGUUUGCUUUAUUCCUCCAUCACAGCCAGCCUGUCCAAUCACUGAAGAGGUCAAAGAUAACAGUGUGGUUCUGAAGGUUCCUCCAUCAUGUUCUUCUACAGUGGAGCUCAGAUUACUGUAUAAACGGAAGCAGGGCAGAGUCUGGAGAUCUAAACCUGUGAUGAAGGAUGAAAACACAGUUACUCUGACUGAUCUGAGAGCAGGAACUGAGUAUGAGAUCAAAUGUGCAGCGCUGGGGAAACUCAACUACACCGUAUACAGUGACGUCAUCAGCGUCACCACAGAGGGAGGAAGUUUGAUUAUUGACAUUAACUUUGAGGGAGAGCGUCACUCAAUCCCCUCUUCUUGCUCUGAUGGUCAUUGGUCUCCAGGAGGUUCUGAAUCUUCUCAGUUUUUGAAACCAACUGCAAAGCUCACAAAACAUCAAGAUUUUGGGCAGUUUACGCAAGAUUGGAUCAAUAACACCACAGCACUGGAUUCCCAGAAGUACAAAAGCAACACUUCAAAAAGUGACUCAGGCAGAGGUGACUCAGAAACAGAAGAGGCCUAUUCAGGACAAGAUGAAGAGACAAAUUAUCCUGCAUGGAGACCGCAAACACACACUAAUCAAGACAGAAGAAACAAAGAUCAGCGAUUAAUGACGGCCAGUAAAGUGACCCAACCAGAAGCUGCUGGAAAGAGCCUGAAGACACAGAAACCCAGAGAGGAUCAUUUCCAGAGUCUCUCAAACACAAAGAAGACUGACUCAACAAGCAGGAGAAGAAGAUACUGUGGGCUGGAGAAUCAAGGGUCCUCCUCCUGCUUGAAUGCAGUUCUUCAGAUGCUCUUCAUGACGAAGGAUUUCAGGGAACAUGUCGAGAGAUUGGACAGAGAGGGUGUUUCAUCUGAUGGAAACUUGGCUGAAGAGUUGAAUAAAUUGUUCAAUAAAUUAGAAACACAAGAGAGCAAUGCAGUUUCAGCAGCUGGGGUCACAGAGAGCCUCGGCAUUACAGACGUUAAUAAACAACGAGACGCAGAAGAAUUUCUAUAUUUGGUCCUUGAAAAUACUCCUGGAUCCUCUGAGCUUUUUAAGGGCACUAUAAAGACGACAAGAACAUGCAGGUCAUGCAGAGACAAACCAGAACCAAUCUCUGAGGAUUUCCACUCAUUGACAAUCUCUCUUCAAAACUCUCAGGAUGUGGAAGAUGCUUUACAGGCACAAGAUCGUGAAAAUAAGAGUGUGGAUUCAGUGUACUGUGAUCACUGUAGGAGAAUUACAGUCAUGGAAACUAAAAGGGAAAUUAAGUUUCCAAAACACAUGAUUGUUGAGCUGAGGAGAUCUGAGACAACAAACAGCAGAUGGAUCUUCAGUAAAAAUGACCAGGAGGUGAUCGUUCGUCCUCAUAUAAAGGUUUCUUCUCAGAAGUAUGAGCUCUAUGCCAUAGUAAACUACAGUAAAACACUUCGAGGUGCUGGACGUUAUAAUGCAGACAUCAAAUGUGAGGAUGAAAUCUGGUGUCGAUUUGAUGAUCACAGUGUAUCACAGAGUUAUUUGAAUGAGGUCUUCAUAAACGAGAGCUCCACACUCAGGAGUUCAGAUGCCUGUUUACUCGUGUACAGAUCAAGAGAACAACCAGCUGGAGACACUGGAGAAGAUCAGAGCCCCAGAAGUCAUGAUCUUCCAUUGGCUGAACAGAAGAGCAGCUCCAGUCUGAGGAAGAAGUCAGACAUGUCAAGGAGUGUUUCACAGGACAAAGGUGGAGAGUGUGCAUCUCAGACAACUGACUGCUGUCCAUUUCCAUCUUCCCCAUCUCAUCUAGACCAACAAUCACAGCUCCAGACUGAAGCACAGCAUCAGGGGUUAGAAGCUCACAAAACGACGGAAACAUACCAGUUCUUAUCACAAGCUCACAAGGAGAUACUCAUAAAACACGUUCAGGAGGCUGUACAUGGAGUGACCCGUGAGGAGGCUGAACUGGCACUAUAUCAGAACGACUAGAACUUCACACCUGCAAUACAACAACUGAAGGUAGAUCAGCUGUAUGAAAUGACCCUGUGCUAGAGUCCUGCACGGGUCCUGUUUUAUAAACCCACACCCGCAGUUAUCAGCACACCCGACCCGAUAUCCGACAGAAACACUAAUUUUAGCCCAUACCUGACCCAUUUGACAUAAAAACCACGACCCGACCCACACCUGCAUUAAAAUCUAUUACAUGAGGUAGACAAAAAUCAUUUUCUCAUGUAGCCUAACACAAGCAAUAAAACCAACAUUAGGCAUUCUGUGUCGCUGCAUUUAAUUAAACAUGUUGUUAAACAACAAGUAAAAUAAUAAACAAAGAAUGUUUUAGUAGGCCUAUUUAACUGUGAGCUUAAAGCUAGUAAAUAUUUUUUCAGAUUCACUCAGCAUUUAAACAUGGUUGUCUCUUCUGAAACUGAGCAGUGUUUACCUGGCUGCUGGUCCUCUUUGUAGCAACGCGAAAAAUAUUCUAAAACAUUUAUUCAAAUUGUGAAUAGCCUAUAUUAAAUACAUAAAGCGAGCAAAGCGCGCUCCCUUUAAUAUAAUCACUAUAGCUUUCAAUCAGAUGCAGCGCGAUUGGCUACAAUGCUCAGUGCUGCAAAUCGUGCUGUAAUUAGAAGCCUUUAACAGUCUUCAGACAGAGCGUGAACGCAAAUAAGCAAGGGACCAUUUGAAAGCAGCUGUCAAUGCACUGAAUUGAGUUGGAAUAGUCUUCACUAUUGGACCCGCAGUCUACCCAUGCCUACCACGCAUCAGACCCGACCCGACCUGCACUGCACCCGACAAAAUAAAUUAAACUGAUUCAUAAUGUCUUGCUGACUUCUUUACACAUUUUACAUUUCUAACAUUCUACUGUAACCUUAUUUACAGAACAUGUAUGCAAUGUCAUGAUUGUCCUGUUCAUACAGCUGUGGUUUUGUGCAUUUUUGAAAACUGUUUUAGGAACUGAAGCUCUUGAGAAAAAUUUGCACACAAGUGAACGAUAUCAGAUAUGUCAAAAAAAAAAGUCACAGGCUGUAAUUUGUAAAGUGAAAAAAAUGCAAAAGUGCAGGAAAAUUUGUUCCCAAACUUUUCUAAAAUAGAGUGAAAUAUUAUACAAGAUAUUAGUAAUCACAUGAUUUUCUUUUUUUUUAAAUAAUUAUGUUUAUUGAAUUUAUUAUAACGCAAAUAUAACAAGACAUCACAAAAAAACAAAACAAAAAGUAAUACGAAUAUGUGAGAUAUGAGUUCCUGACUUUAUAAAACUAUCCUUUUUUUCAAUGUAGUACAUAGGUAAGACGCUCCAGGGAAUCAGCUCAAAAUAAUCUUAUGCCAGCUUUUAAGGGAUGGAGAUUUGCUUAAUUGGAUCACUGAUCCAAUUAAGUAAAAUAUUUUUUUUCUGGCAGCAAAUGCUAGAAUAUUAUACAAUAUCUUAUUAGCAGAUGAAGCAAUGCAUCCAUUAGGUAUACCCAACACCGGUGAGACUGGGUCAAAAUCCAACUGAGUAUUAAAGAUCUUUUCUAUUUCCCCUAACACCAAAAACCAACACCUAUGCAGUCUGUUACACGACCACAGCCAAUGUGUUAAAGUACUUCAGUUUUGCAUUUUAAACACACAUUUGAAACACAUUAACACUUUAUACAUCGAAUAAAUCCAAAUCAAUUAACAAAUGUGAUUAUUUUUAUCAAUGCUCUGUUGUGGAAACAAUUUUGCUUAUUAGUGUUCAAAUAGUAAGAAUUGUCUAUUAUUUAGAAACCGAUGUUAUGAUUUACAAUAUUUUGCUGAUUUUUAGUGCAACUCAUUUUAUCUAUUUGAACAUAUUUGAUAUUUGAUUAUAUUAUUUUAUAUUAUUUUCUUUUCAUUCACAUAUACCAUGAAGAAUAAGAAAAUCAGGGAAGCUGACGCUUUUAAGAAUAUUUUAUAUUCUUCUGUUCCUGCUUUUUAUCAUUCAUAUUUCAUUUUCUCUAACACAAUUAUUGGUUAUGAAUUUGUGCUUAAUAUACAUUACAAUGAGGAAAAACAAUGUUCUGUUUUAGAUGAUUCUCUGUAAGCUUUUAAAUCAGCAAAUAAAUGGACAACAU